CCAGCACUGCAGUAAGCAAACAUUUGGCAUCUCUACUGUGUCCUUUAUCAUUUUCUUCAUCCGCUGAAGUGAUGGAUUUGAGUGAUAAUAGCCAACUGGAGGAUCAGUACUUUGUUUACAAGCAUGACCAGCUAUUCGGCGAGAGCUUCCCGCUGUUCAAGGAGAUCCGCCGGAUGGGCAAGCUGUGCGAUGUCACCCUGAAGGUUGAAGAUCAGACCUUCUCCGCGCACCGCGUCGUGCUGGCUGCCACCAUUCCGUACUUCUAUGCGAUGUUCACCAACAACAUGGCCGAGAGUCGGAUCAAGGAGAUCACCAUGAAGGAGAGCGCCAUCGAGCCGAGCGCCCUGGAGAGCCUGAUCAACUACGUUUAUAGCGGCCAGGUGCGCAUCGACAACCAGAACGUGCAGAGCCUCAUGGUGGGCGCCUCGUUCCUGCAGCUGUCCAACGUCCGUGACGCCUGCGCCAGCUUUCUGAUCUCACGCUUCCAUCCGCACAAUGUCUUGGGAAUCCGCACCUUUGCCGACUCCAUGAUCUGCCGGCAGCUGAUCGACGCAGCCGACAAGUACAUUGACCAAAACUUUGCCAAAGUCUCGCAGUCGGAGGAGUUUCUCUCGCUGGACUGCGAACAGCUGCUGGAGCUGAUGCGCCGGGACGAGCUGAACGUUCGCACCGAGGAGGUCAUCUUCGAGGCCUGCAUGAAGUGGGUGAAGUAUGCGGAGGACAAGCGCUCCGACCUGUUUCCCCAAGUCCUGGCUGCCGUACGCCUGCCCCUGCUCUCGCCGCAGUUCCUCGCGGAUCGAGUGGCACGCGAGGAGCUAAUCCGAUCCUCGCACCAGUGUCGUGAUCUCCUGGACGAGGCCAAGGACUUUCACCUGAUGCCCGAGCGCAGGGGACUGCUGCAGAGCUUCCGCACUCGCCAGCGCUCGGGGGAGUUCUUUACUGGUCAAAUUUACGCCGUUGGAGGACUGGCCAGCACUGGGGAAUCUGUGAGCACGGUGGAGAUAUACGAUCCCCUCACCAAAAAGUGGAAAAUGGGCGAACAGAUGUCCAUGAUGAGAUCUCGCGUGGGCGUGGCCGUUCUAAAUGGCAAGCUUUACGCCUUCGGCGGCUUCAACGGCACCGAACGCCUCUCCACCGUCGAGGUCUACGAUCCGCGGAAGAACAAGUGGUCCCAGGGCUGUGCCAUGCUCUGCAAACGCAGUGCCGUGGGCGUGGCCGCUCUGGAUGACUGUAUCUAUGUGUGCGGAGGCUACGACGGCGUCACCUCGCUGAAUACCGUUGAGGUUUACUACCCCAAGUCCAACACUUGGAAGACGGUUGCUCAAAUGAUGAAGUAUCGUUCGGCUGGUGGAGUGACCCAACUGAACGGCUAUGUCUACGCCCUUGGCGGCCAUGACGGACUGUCUAUCUUCGACUCGGUGGAGCGGUACGACCAGAACGAGGAUGUGUGGGUGAAGAUGUCGCCCAUGCUGAAUCGACGCUGUCGACUGGGUGUGGCCACGCUAAAUGGGAAGAUCUAUGUGUGCGGUGGCUACUGCGGGAACUCAUUCCUGCGGUCCGUAGAGUGCUACGAACCCCAGACGGACACCUGGAAGCUGGUGACGCCCAUGAACUGCAAACGGUCGCGCGUUGCCCUGGCCGCCAAUAUGGGCAAACUUUGGGCCAUUGGCGGCUAUGAUGGCGAGUCCAAUUUGUCCACCGUCGAGGUGUACGAUCCGGAGACCGAUAAAUGGACCUUUAUGCCGCCAAUGUGCGCUCACAGCGGCGGCGUCGGUGCCGGGGUCAUUCGGAUCGAGUAGCCGGCUCGGUGUGCCUGCCAAAUACGUUUCUCUAGCCACUCUCGUCUUAGGUAAUUUAUGUGAAUUGAAAUGAUGUAGUCUAGCCUAGAUACGAUUGUUGAGUGUAACCAAGCUUUAGCGGCUCCUCGUGCGGCCGCCUCGAAUGCAACUCAGCCCAGCUCCUCCAGCUCUAUCGAAAUUGUUCAUGUAUUACUCACGGUUCUUUAGUGUUUGUCAUUCCAGUUAUGUAAUUGUUUAGUUUCUACGCCUAGCCUUAAAUACUCACUAACAUUUUAAUCCUUCAAGUAAAAACAUGUGUAAUUCAUGUUCUGUGAAAAUUAA